CUUGCAACUUCUCUUCUCAUUCCCCAUUUCCCCUUUUUUCUUCCAUAGUUCCCUUUUGUCUCAUUUGGUAAAACAUACAAUAAAAUAUAAAAAAAAAUAUGGAGGAAGUUCAAAGUUCAAAGUUUAAUAGAAUUUGUGUGUUUUGUGGAAGCAGUUCUGGGAAAAAAACUAGUUAUCAACAAGCUGCUAUUGAUUUAGGCAAAGAACUGGUGGAGAGAAGGAUUGAUUUAGUGUAUGGAGGUGGAAGUGUGGGCUUGAUGGGACUUGUUUCUCAGGCUGUUCAUGAUGGCGGGCGCCAUGUUCUAGGGGUGAUUCCAAAGACACUCAUGCCUAGAGAGUUAACGGGAGAAACUAUUGGAGAAUUGAGAGAAGUGUCUGGUAUGCACCAAAGGAAAGCUGAAAUGGCCCGGCAAGCUGAUGCUUUCAUAGCCCUCCCUGGUGGCUAUGGUACUCUUGAAGAACUUCUUGAAGUCAUCACAUGGGCUCAGCUUGGAAUCCAUCAGAAACCAGUGGGGCUGUUGAAUGUUGAGGGUUACUAUAAUUCGCUGUUGUCUUUUAUCGAUAAGGCCGUUGAUGAAGGCUUUAUCUCUCCAAUUGCACGUCGCAUAAUCGUGUCUGCUCCAACAGCCAAAGAGUUGAUCAGAGAACUUGAGGAACAUGUACCGGAGAAGGAUGAAAUAAUAUCGAAAUUGAUAUGGGAGGAGGAAAUUCAAAGAUAUAAUUAUACGCCCGAGUCCAGUGUUCCUACAUAAAAUGUCUUUUUUAUUAUAAUUAUUAUAUAUGGUUUUGGUAUUUAGAAUUUCCAGUGAACUACAGUUGUGGGAAGAAAAACAAAGAAGAAAAAAGAAAAAAUAGUAGUAUCAAUUUUUGUGGAUAUGUUGAUGUCCAUUUUGCUCAAGGCAUUUAUGCUUGAAAGUUGAAAUCAGUUUUUGUGGAUCUGUAAAAGGAUCAUUUUGUUUAGGCAUAUUAUGUUUUUGUCUAUGUUUAUACUUGGCAUGGCAGAGCCACCUUAGGCAAAGCAUGGUUCAGUAUACAUCCUUUGUCGGAAAAUUAUGUGUUGUAUAAAGAUUAGAUGUAAGCUAUUGUAAGUGUUUUCACAUUUUUAUCCGCUAAAUUUUGGCUCCGCCACUAUUUAGUAUA